AUGACCAAUCACCAUGAACGCAUGGAAAGAGUCUACGUUCUCAAUGAAUACAAAGUUAUGUUAAAACAACAGGCAUCUCUUCAGCCAAACAGUUCUGAGGAUGGGUCUCCUUGCAAGAUGGUAUGCUACGUCACUAUGUGGGCUCAGUACCGGUCCAAUCCUGCAAAGUUUUCCCCGGAGGAUAUAAACCCAGAUUUGUGCACUCACAUUGUAUUUGCCUUUGCAAUCAUAAGGAAAAACCAUCUCUCCUGUGAUGGAUGGAAUGAAGAAAGUGUCCUUUUCUCCCAGAUCCAAGCAUUAAAGAAGAGAAAUCCAGCAUUGUUGACUCUGUUAGCUGUUGGAGGAAACAGAUUUGGCACUGCUUUCAGCCCCAUGCUUUCCACAGCAGCCACCCGCAAGAGCUUCAUUGACUCGGCUAUACCCAUACUGCGGAUCUCUGGCUUUGAUGGGAUUGAGCUGCACUUUGAAUAUCCUGGAUGUAGGGGAAGUCCCCCUAAGGACAAGCAUCGCUUUACUUUGCUAACAAAGGAAAUGACGGCAGCUUUCGAAAAAGAGGCCAGAGAGACUGGAAAUACGAAGCUGUUACUUACUGCAGCUGUUGGUGCUCAGAAAGAAAUCAUUGAUGCUGCAUAUGAAGUUAACAAACUGUCAAAUCAUCUUGAUUACAUUAGUGUGAUGGCCUACAAUUUCCAUGAUGGUUUUUCUGAUAGAGUGACAAGGCACAACAGCCCCUUGUAUGCUGGUAACCACUCUGAGGAAAGCCCGCAUUCCAGCUGCAAGUUUGCCAUGCUGUACUGGAUCCAAAAAGGUGCUCCCGCUUACAAACUUCUCAUGGGGUUUGCCAGUUAUGGACGUACCUUCAAGAUUAGCACCAGGAACACAUCAGUGGGUGCCCCUGCUUCCGGAUCUGCCCAUCCAGGACAUUAUACCCAUGAGGCUGGAUUCCUGUCAUACUAUGAGAUCUGCAACUUUAUAAAGCAUGGUGCUACUGUUCAGUGGCUUGAUGACCAGAAGGUUCCAUACGCCUACAGAGGUUUGACCUGGGUUGGAUACGACAACAAAAAGAGUUUUGGUUACAAAGCCCAUUUUGUGAAGAAGCAUAAACUUGGCGGAGGCUCAAUAUGGGCCAUGGACCUGGAUGACUUUAGAGGCACCUUCUGCAAUGAAGGACCCUACCCUCUGACAAGGGAGCUGAAGAGACUGCUUGAGGGCAACGAUGUCUACCACCCUUCAACCAACUGCUGCCCUUCAAACUUCUACCACCCUUCGACCAUCCACUGCCCUUCAGACUUCUACCACCCUUCAACCAUCUACCACUCUUCAAACUUCUACCACCACUGGACCGUCCACCACCAUUCAAACUUCUACCACCCGUCGACUCUCCACCACCCUUCAAACUUCUACCAGCCUUCAACCGUUCACUGCUCUUCAAAAUUCUACCACCCUUCGACCAUCUACCACCAUUCAAACUUCUGCUGCCCAUCAACCAUCCACCACUCUUCAAAUUUCUACCACCCUUCGACCUUCAACAACUUUUGGUACAGGAUUUUGUGCAAAAAAACCCAAUGGCAAUUACUCUUAUCCAUCUGA